GUCUGGGGGUCUGCUGUGUGACCUUGCAGUGUUUGUAAACAGACACACGUUGUUGCAAAGUGUCGAAGAUAAGACGGAAUCACGAUCGAACAAAGCGUGUCACGAAGGAUUCUUUUUGGCAACGACGAAAAGAAGUAAAUCUAAGGGAGACAUGGAGGUGGAGCCAAUGUGUAUCGUAGAAAACGAAACGGAGGGAUCUCGCGGUGAUCGGAAAGAGGGGGGAAAGAGGGGACGGAAGCCUGGAAGGAAGGCGUCCGAGAGGACGGACAUGAAAGCCAAGCUCGAACGAAGUCGGCAGAGUGCGCGGGAGUGUCGUGCUCGAAAGAAACUGAGGUACCAAUAUCUGGAAGAACUGGUAGCCGAUCGGGAAAAGGCUGUGCUCGCCCUCCGAAAAGAACUGGAAAUGUAUCGACAGUGGGUUCAGGAAUUGGACGCAGGACGUGUUCCCGAAGGGCUGCAGCCGAUGCUGGAGGAGUUCGGCUCCCUGAAGCAGGAGAAGGUCAACUAACCGACGAGAGUGAAACACGAGUCACGAACGUCGAGCUCCGCGAUUCUUUUCAAUGUUUACGCUUUCGCCACGAUCGUAGUCGGUAGUCACGAGCUUACUUUCCUCCCGUUCCCUGUUAUUCUUCGCCAACGUAAGAAUAUUCGGGGAUCGAACGCACCAACCCCCCCGACGGUUCUCGACGGCUCGUUCGUGUUCUGUCCGAUGUUUCACCCCGACGGUCGACGAUCGAUCACAUCAUCGAUACACCCCCGCUUGAUUUAGUCGUUGUACGCGUCCUCCUAUUUCCCCCCCCUCGUUCGACGGAGAAACUAAUUCGACGUUGCAGUUUCUCCGGUUGUAUUAUUGAGUUUUAAUUCUAUAUUUCUUUUUGUGCGCUGGUAUCACGAAAAUUGUUCGUAUCCCUUGUUGCUUGUUGUCCGUUAAGUUAAAAGUAUGUUAUUUUAUUAUCGUUGAACGCGACGAUAAGCCGCCAGGAUCGAUAUCGAGCAC